AUGUUUAGGGACCUUGACAGGAAGACCAAAGGGGAUAACAUCUUCAUCAAGUUGGAUAUGGAAAAAGCUUAUGACAGGUUAUAUUGGUGUUUUCUUCUGCACGUCCUUCGUCGCUUUGGAUCUGGGGACAAAUGGAUCACCAUGGUCGAAAAAUGCUGGUCGAAUUCAUGGUUCUCGGUCCUGCUGAACGGUGAAGCUUGCGACUUCUUUCAAUCCACUAGAGGCCUUAGGCAGAGAGACCCAAUCUCACCGGGCCUCUUCAUCCUGUCGGCUGAAGUUCUAAGUAGGGGCUUCUCUAAUCUGAUGUCCAGCGGAAAUUGCCUGCCUUGCCAUACCUGCAGGGACUGCCCCACCGUUUCCCGCAUUCUCUUUGCAAACGACACUUUGCUGCUUGCAAAUGGGGCCAUGAAACCCUGCGUCGUAUCCAGUCUUUCUUGGACCGCUACUAUAGGGCCUCGGGCCAAAAAUGUAACACCCGUAAGAGUUUCUUCAUCCUUCACGCCUAUCAAUCUGAAGCGAGAAGCAGCCACUGAUAUCCCUCUCUCCAUUUUAAGAGAACUGGACAGAGCAUGUGCUGAUUUCUUUUGGGGCUGGGAGGGGGAUAGAAAACGCUAUCACUGGGUCAGUUGGAAUCGUAUAUCUUACCCAAGAUUGGAGGGUGGCUUGGGGGUCCGAAGCCUAACCAGCGUUAUGCGUGCUUUCAGGUCGAAGAUGGCUUGGAACAUCAUGUACAGGGUAGCUGGCAGUGCCUGGGCGUCUUUCAUGAAGCAGAAAUACAAGGCUGAUAUUAACUCUUCCUCUCUCUCUCUCUCUCCCCCUCCUUCCCGGGCCUCACCACUGUGGAAGGCAAUCAGGAAACUAUUUGCCUUUGUGACGACCCACUCCAGACUCAUUGUUGUUAGUGGCUGCUGCGAUUUCUGGCGAGAUGAUUGGACCAGCCUCAGCCCUCUACAAGACUGGAUGCUCCCUCAGAUUCACUCUCGGCAGAACUCGGUGCAGGCCGCUCAGUCCCUUCAGGUAAACCAGCUCAUUGAUCCUUCGGGGUGGAAGGACAUUGCUACGGCCAUCUACCUGCUCCCUUCAUCCAUCCUUGACCAUGUCACCAAUGAGGGUAUUUGCACUUCGGAGGCCAUCAACAAGAGAAUCUGGGUUAAGUCUAAAAGCGGAGACUGCACGUUGGCGGAUAUUCCGUUUCCCCGGCCUGUCAAAGGACCACCGGCCUUGAAUUCUAGCUCUUCUCGCCUACAAGACACCCCACUGCUUUCACCUCCACCUCCCAUCCUGAAAAUUGGCAUGAUAAUACAGGCUGUGGUGCAGUUGCCUAUAGGUGAUCAGAUCUCUGAAAAUGGUACUUUUGAUAAGUACCCACGUUGUCACAUGGACAUUUGUAUAGGGUUGCUGGACUCGGAUUGCAUGCUGUAG